UCCUGCAAAUGCGACGAGAUGAACGCUAACGCUGGCUUUCUUUUCAAAAUUCCAACACUGCUUCCUUUCCUUUUCCUUUGUCAUCUCUAGAGAUUUCCCACUGAGCACAAUUGUAUGUGUCAUUGUGGCUGAAAGGCCUUGAGUUGUGGCCGAGGCUUCAACUGCAGUGCAAAUGGAUUGAUCCAUGCUGCUGAAGAAGAAUGGAUUGAGGUGCGGAAGCUAGCGUUAGCCGGCCGGCUAGCCAUGGGGGGGUCUGCCUGUGACUUUGUAUUGUGUUAACCUCUAGUGUGUAAAAAUGACUUGAUGUUAGUCAUCCACCGUCCAAAUACUAUCCAGUCCACGCAUGUCAUUAUUCCAGGUGCGACAGUGCUAUGCUGCGCACACGCCCUGAGCAUGUCAGCUGUCCUGCAGAUACCCAGUUGGCUGUCAUUGCAGAGAUCCCCCUUCUGCUCUGAUGCUAGGUUAUCUCACUCUGCGGCCACACACACAGGUUUCACUGCUCUUUAAUAUGCUAAAGCUGUCUUUAGGAGAAAUCAAGUGUAGGUUUUACCUCUUAAAUGCAGUGUCAGACAUGUUUAAAUCAGCAACCUAGAGUCAAACACUUCACAGGCACAACAUUUGUCACAAUUACUGGUGCUGAUAGGAUUUCACUUCGAGAAAGUUGCAGACACACAAGUUAGUGAUUGCUCCUCAGUUGUAUGGGAAACAGAGCUGGCUGUAGCAGGACUGUUGCAGGUCAGCUAUGGGAGGCUCGGUGUCAUGCUGCAUCUCUCCAGGAGAGAGUCCCAAGAUCCACAGGAGGGAGGUGGAGCUGGAGGAGUGUCCCAUCACCACUGCCGAGGACGUGAGUGAAGACACAGGGACCUACCUGCAGCACAUCAGUGACAGGGAGCUCCCAGAUGAGCUGGCCCAAGAGGCCAACCCAUCAGACCAUCCCAGAGCCAGCACCCUCUUCCUCAACAAAUCUCAGACAGAUGUGCGUGAGAAAAGGAAAAGCAACUACCUGAAUCAUAUGUCCCCAGGGCUCCUGACAAAAAAGUACAGUUCCUGUUCUACAAUAUUCAUCGAUGAUAGCACAGUCAGUCAGCCCAAUCUCAAGAGCACGAUCAAAUGCGUCGCAUUGGCCAUAUACUAUCACAUAAAGAACAGAGAUUCAAAUCGCUCGCUGGAUAUCUUCGACGAGAAGAAGCACCCUCUGUCGCGAGAGAAAAUUCCAGAUGACUACGCUGUGGUGGACCCUGAGCACAAGCUCAUCUACCGCUUCAUACGAACGCUCUUCAGCUCUGCACAGCUCACCGCCGAGUGCGCCAUCGUCACCCUGGUGUACCUGGAGAGGCUGCUGACAUAUGCAGAGAUGGACAUCUGUCCCUGUAAUUGGAAGCGUAUCGUUCUCGGUGCCAUCCUGCUGGCCUCAAAGGUCUGGGAUGACCAGGCUGUGUGGAAUGUGGACUACUGCCAGAUCCUCAAAGAUAUCACAGUAGAGGACAUGAAUGAGAUGGAACGUCACUUCCUCGAGCUGCUCCAGUUCAACAUCAACGUCCCAGCCAGCGUCUACGCCAAGUACUACUUUGACCUGCGCUCACUGGCCGACGAAAACAACCUCAGCUUCCCCUUGGAGCCACUCAGCAACAAGCGGGCGCAAAAACUGGAGGCCAUCUCCAGGCUGUGUGAGGACAAGUACAAGGACCUGAGCAAAUCCGCUAUGAGGAGGUCCGCCAGUGUAGACAACAUGGUUGGGAUGAAGAACUCCCAGGCUGUGCUGUCUUAAAGCCUGCAUCUGGCGAGGAGGAGGAGGAGGAGCGACGGCUUAGAGCGUGAUGCCACACGUUUAGAGACAUUUCCAAAGUAGAUUAUGUUAAUAUUGGUACUUAAAAGUUUCAUCACAAAGUGUUGAUUGUGGACUUUUGGGGAAGUAUGAAAGACAUUGUUUACCAUACAAUUAUCUCUAAAAUGUAAUGAAUUCAGUCUUUAUGUGUUCUUUACAAAGAACUUAAGCUAUCUGCCUUUAAAGCAUGGUCAUUUGGUGAAAUAUUUUGCAGAUUGUCACAUUUUUUUCUAAAUGGUGAAUGUCUAAUUUUGGAAGGAAUCAAUUCAGCAUGAAAAUGCUUCCUUAAGCCACACAAAUGGAGGACCUCAUCUUUUUUUUAAAUUUUAAUUUUAAUUUUUUACAUCAGGCGGUAUUUUGGGGAGUCCAUUUCUCUGGCUUCGGCCCUCUUUUUUCCACCAGCUGUAACCCCCUCACUCCCCUGUAUUCAAAUAAUGACAAACUGUCUUGAACUACCCUGUGGUGUAGUUCUGCACAUGGACAAAGAGUAGACUUUGUUUUGCUUACUAUGUAGGCUCUUAUAGCUGUGAAAUGUAUGAGACUUUAUUUAAUUCAAAUAAAUUUCAGUCGCUGUUUAAA